AUGGUAACUGAUGAUGAAGUAGAUGAAAUACAGCCGGAGAAGGUCAAACGUCAUUCAAGUGCAGAUGCCCAAAUUCGACCAGUUAAAAGAAAAUCUACUCAGCUAGAGCUAGCUAGUUCUACUCAGCCUAGUAUUCGACCAUUUCUUUUUAACGGUGAUAUUCAGCCAUCCAAUGGUGACAAUCAGUUAUCCAAUGAUGAUAACAGCAGCAAGGUUGUGUGUCCUUUGUGUUUCAGUCAUUUUACUGCCAACGAAAUUGCUACACAUGCAGAUGAAUGUGUCGAUCGGUUUGACCCUGUUGGCAUUGUGAGCGAUGAUGAUGACAAUGACAAUGAUGUGGAAAAUAUUAUUGGGAUUUCAGUCUUAUCAGGUGAACCCAAAAAUACCAGUGUUGAUCCUACCAUUGAAGAAAUUAAGGAAGUUAUUUAAUCUAAAUUGUGUCCAAAUGUUAACAAGGAUAAUACAAAUAGAGUUUCUAUCAGAAGAAAGUAUGCCUUUCAAGAUUAUGUAGAUGCACGCAAAAAUCCCAGACGACAAUUUAAAGAGAAUGCAACACUGAAAGUUAUAUUCAUUGGAGAACCUGCUGUAGAUGAUGGAGGGCCCCGGCGUGAAUUUUUUAUUGGUACAGUACAUUGAAUUUAAUUAAUAUUUUUGAGAUUUUAGACCACGGUGUUUUGUAACCUUGAAGCUGUAGCAUAAUUCUUCAUUCUGGCUAACCAUACCACUUGUUAGGAUUUAUUGUUUUUGUCCUGAUAUAUUAUAGAAUCACUGGAGCAAGUACGAAGAAAGCUUUUUCUUAAUGGUGCUCCUGUUGUCAAUAUGGAUGCUCUUGCCAAGGAGGAAUUUAAAAUCGCUGGGGAACUGAUGAGCAUGUUAAUUGUUCAAGGUGGUCCUGCUCCAUGUUUUUUUAACAAAUGUGUAUACUUAUACAUUGCAAAUGGUGUGGACAGCAUAAGUACUGAUAUUGCUGGUGAUGUUGUGGACGAUCUACAUCUCAAAGAUGUCAUCAGUAAGGUAAAUACAUGCAGUACCUAAAAGCAAUGCAGAUUGUGAUGACAUGCCGAAAGGGAGUUGUAAAAGAGAUUCAUAGCAUAGGAUCGGGGGGAGCGAAGCCCUGAUGUAAAAGUAAGGAUUUGAACAUUAAGAGAAUUGCUUUAAACUGUACCACAUUAUAUACAUUAAUCUGGUAGAUGAAUUUAUAGUGUCUAAUAGCAUACACAGUAAAUCAUACUUACUGUAUUAAUGUGAUGCAAGCAACCAUGUUGCAGUAUAAUGAGUUUUUAUGUUUUAUAGUUGUGUGCCCAAUAAGAUAAUAAAGCCUCGUGUAUCUUUACUAUGGGAGGUGUUGUUACAUUGGGUAAUUAAUUUAUGUACAGGAGAUAUUGUUACUAUACACAUUGUAAGUUGUAACAUGCUUUGGGAUAAGUUGUUGCAAGUUGCUAAUCAAUGGGCAAUGUACAGUAUCAUUACUUUUUCCACAAAUAUGUUUUGGGGGCUGCCUAUUGUCUGUUCCUUUACAGAUAUCGCAUUAUGCAGUUGGUAUAAAUGAUAUAUUAUCUUCUUUAUCAUUUACAGUUAAAAGACUUGAUGAAAGCACAUUACAGACAACUUUAAUGUCAGAUGAGGUUCUUGACGUUUUACAAAAGGUUGCAUAUCGAGGAGUUCCGAUGCGAGAAACAUUGUCUUCCAUGGACGCUAUUAUAAGGUAGAUUUGCACAGUACAAUUGUAUACACAAAUAGCUGUAUGUACUGAAUACAGUAGAGCCAAUUCAAAAAAGGUUGACCUUUGCAAACCUUUUAAAAACUCUAAACCUUCAACUCUAAGCGCGCAAAUUUUAAUGGGAGCACGAGUUUCAAGCUGAGUAGUUGAAUAUUAGUCCAGCUAUUUGUGAAUGAAUUGUUCUCGUAAGGACGUGUUUACCAUGUCUCUACGAAAUUGGCCCCAUAUAUGAUUUCUGAACUGAUUAAAUGAUGCUCCCAUUAUGCUUUGCACACUUAGAGUUUAAGGAGAGUUUAAGGUUUGCAAAGGACAACCUUUUAGGAAUUAGCUGUAUACCAUAUAUUUAUUACUAGUAGGUGCUAUCGCAAGGAAAGUGCUGCCUUUUAGCCACAUGAAUUGAAUGCAAAAGUUUAUACUUCAACACAAUUCUGUAAAGGGAAGCCUUUCACUUUUGACCCAAUGUGCUCAUUUCGACGUUUCAUCAUUGUUAGCAUGGAAGGCCUGCACAUGAUGGUUAUAUGCCGUAUGAUUCCUGCACAAAUUUGUUUCUCGUUCAUCAUUUAAGACCAAUCACAAACUUAUAAAUAACCAACAUGAAAAUGAGGCCAUUGGGUCAAAAGUGGAUAAACAGCAUUAAUAGGGUCUAUUAACCCAUUAGCUAACUCUGUUUAACGCCAGACAAAUUAAAUUACACUGCAUGUGUAACGCCAGACGAUUUUACUUGUCAGUGGUAGAGUACUGUCAGUAAAUGGGUUAAUUAACAAACCUAUCUGCCAAUGUCUCUUAUUAACAACCCAUUAGCUGGCAAUGCGCCCUACUUUAGCAUUUACUGUCUAUCAAUUUUUACCUUUUUACGAUUUUUAUUGUUUCUAAUCAUGUAUUUACUCACCGCUUGGCCAAACAUUCUUUAUUUCAUAUCGAGAAAAAAUUUGAAUAUUUUCUAAACUCUUCAGAAAUUGCUCAGAGUCAUGUGAGUAAAAUACUCCUUGUAUUCAAGUGCUUUCGUGUAGAAAGUUUCGUUUGAAUACGGCACAGAGUAAAAAGAUUUAUUUUGAAUUUUUCAAAAUAUCGAGUUUUUACUCGCACGCUUGCGCCACGUGUAUACUUGGCCAUAUAUAGCCCGAUGCACGUGCAAACACUGGGAGUACUUUGAUCUGUAGAAUUUAUUUCCGGUUUUUACAGACCCCCAGGAUGUAUUUGUUUUGAUGUACGUUUCUUUCACCGGCCGCGCUAAAAAUAUUUUGUAAAUACCGAAAUAAAAGAUGAAAAUCUGAAGACACAAGCUUGAAAAUAACACUAUAAAUAGUGUUUUGGAUUCUGCUUCGAAUGAGACUAUUACGAAAAAUAUAUGUCCAAAGGGGCCGAAGUUAUGUCGACGAAAUGUAUCACCAGUUUACAUUGUUGAUUGUUCCUUAUAUAAUGAAAUAUGAUACCAUAUCUUACUUGUUAAAAUUCGCAUCGUACUAUUAUUGUAUUAGGCAAAUGUCGAGAACCAUACAACAAAUGUUUUAGUUCUUGUUGGUAUUUGAACGCACGCUUUAUCUUUACUACCACAAAGUUUUGCGCGCGGAUUAUAUCGGGCAGCACUAAAAUUUGCGUACUAAUUAAGGUAUAUUGUGGACAUUUGACUAAAAUUAUAAUUCAAUACAAUUCUCGACUUUGAACAACUGAAUAGUUUAUAAAUUCUAAACUCUUUCAUAUACAUAGUAGCCAGAGAUUUGUAGACUGUAGUAGGUAGCCAUAAAUAAGGUAGCCGUAGACAUAUUAGUCUUCAUAGCAGAGAUAUGAACCUUAAUUGUUUCCCUCGAUUCUCAAACUCGUAAAUAUACAUAUUAACCAGAGAUUUUUUAUAGUACAGGUAUAGCCAUAAGUAUAUGUGGCCAAUAGCCAUGGACUGAUAGACAUAAUAGUCUUCAUAGCGGAGAUCGAUACCGGGGAGGCCGGGGAGAUACGAACCCUGUUUCCCUCGAUAUAAUUCGCAAUUUUAUAUUAAACCGGGAUAUUCGCAACUUUAUAUUAAACCGGUUCAUCACAUCGAUAAAUAAACACUGAUUAUAUAGUCUAAACUUACAAAUAUUAAAUCACUUUAAUAGUAGUCUUCAUAGCAGAGAUAUGAAGCCUGAAAGGCUGUUUAUAAUUUUGACUGUUUCCCUCGUUUCAUCACAUCGAUAAAUAAACACUGAAUACAAAAUUUUGUUGAACAACCCCCUCAAAUAUACAAACGAACUUGAAUACAUAAUAUGUCCCGGAAAACCGACAUCCUCCCUUCUUCGAAUCGAGAAUUCGACUAUACAUAACUCGGCCGGAAGGACUGGACACGAAAAAGCAAGAACGUCAGGAAUAGUGUGCUGCCUCGCUGACGCUCGGCAGCAAUUAUAUCGUGUUUCAAAAAUUUGAUUUCAUAACAGACGGGCUGACCUGCAUUGACCUGCGUUGCUAGGACCACUGUCACAGAAUAAAUAGCUUACCAAAUGUCUCACUCAGCCAAAAUGUUGUCAUAAGUUCCUACAGGGUUAAUUUAUUCUUUAUUUUAGAUCUAUUGUCAUGUUUGAAUUUAGCAAGUUACUGCCUAUGCUGAACCAGAUUAUGGAUGGCCUUCGUUGCUUUGGCACACACGAUUUAGUUAGAAAUUAUCCAAACUUGUUGGAACAUGUGUUUGUAGAUUAUGGGUGUUUUUUAUUAAAGCCUGAAGAAUUUCUUGCUGGUGUUACAGGGAAGUUUAGCGAGGUUGGCUCAAACAACAGAGAACGAGAAAUUGAUAUUUUUAAGUUCUUUAGUGAUUAUGUUGAAGAUAUUGAAUGCGAUGAUACAGGUAAUUUACUUUAAAUUUAUGCAAUGUUUUUUAUUUGCAUUAAUGCUAUUUUAAUGGACGUUCAUUUGAAAAGUCAUACAAAUAACUUCAGCUGGUAUCCUGGAUAUCCAAACACUCGUAAAGAAUUAUUAAACAAUAACAUGCGGACUGCAGCCUCGCGUUUUCAUACAUUUUUUUUCUCGUGUUUGAAUUUCCCGGUUCACAAGAACUCAUUCUCGUUGUUCUUAUAUUUCUAUUACAGUACACAGCCACUUAAAGUUAAAGCAGAAAAACGAUUUGCGAAUAUUUUGGCAAACUAGUGUACGAUUUUUCAUUCGUUCUUCUCAAACCGUGUUUUCGAUUACUGCAAUAUAUAUACUGUAUGCUGUAUGCUGUAUGUGUUAUACUCUGCAGGCAUCCCAUGCAUGUAAGUUAUUUCAUUUUUAAAAUUUUCAUUUUGUAGGAUGCUCUUUGCCAAAGCUGGUUCAGUUCAUAACAGGAACGAAGACCAUACCUCCUUUGGGUUUUCCUAAUCCUAUCAGUGUCAAAUUCAAACAUGGCUGCACCGAAGGAUGUAAAUGUCGACCAAUUUCUUCAACAUGCGAUCUAAGCAUCACUGUUCCCGUUCAUUAUGAAGCACUUGAAUUCACUCUCAUCAUGAAUUCAGCUCUAAUUGAGUGUGCUGGUUUUGGCAGACUAUAG